AUGCAGUGCCCGCUGCUGACGUGGCUCAGCGCACUGGCGGUGAGCGUGAGGAGUGCGAGUGUUGGUGGAGACGACAUAUGCGCGGUAGCAGAGCUGCUGGGUCACCACGGCCAGAGCCACCGCAACUGCGCCCAUCCCUGCUGCCGUGAGGUAGCCCUCCGUGGGCCCACACUGUCCUGCCUCGCUGCUGCUGCUGCUGCUGCUGCUGUCACACGCUUCCAGGUAGGCGACCUGGUGGAGGGGAAGGAAAGGGGAGGGGAGACGUAUGCGCGGUAG